AUGCAGACCCGUCUUGCUUUCCAAGGAGCUCUUCUGGGGCUCUGGUUCUGCUUGUUUGCAGUAAGCUUCUGCUACAGCAAUGCAGAGACUGUUGAGGUCGCUGGAGAACAAGUAGUACUAGACAAAGCUUUUUCAGAGCUCCAAACAGAGGCUGCAGAGCUCAAUGAAGAAGGGAAGUUUGCAGUGCCUACACCAAAACCCUUCUUCAAGAAACCACCUGUACAUAAGAUUCCCAUAGUAAAGAAGCCAUUUCCACCGAAGCCCUCCGUCAAGAAACCACCUCUACAUAAGUUUCCCACUGUAAAGAAGCCAUUUCCACCACCAGUUCCAAUCUUCAAGAAGCCACUCCCUCCACCAGUUCCAAUCUUCAAGAUUCCACCCUUUAAGAAGCCGGACCAUCCGCCGGUGCCAGUUGUGGAACGAAAAAUUGGGGAUCCAGGAUAUCGGCCUCCAGAAUAUCCAUCGAGACCAUUUCCCUCUCCUGUUUUCAACUAG